AUGCCGGCACUCAAGCCAAUCUUCGUCAAGGCCUAUUGGGCACUAGCCGGCCUCGGUAUGAUAUGGGCUGCAUUUCUGAUAGCGUUGAUCAAUCCGACAAUACAGCGACACGCCCUGUAUGCCCACAAGAUCAACACGAACUACUGGCACAACGUAUCAAACCCGGAGGAGUUUGGAUUUGCCAAGGGCCAAGUUCAGCCUUUCUGGCUCGAUACGACAGAUAAUGAGCGACUGUUCUGCUGGCACGUGCUUCCCCUGGAUGUGUACUUGCAGAAUGAGGACCAAUUGGUCAUGAGUACAACGACAGGAGAGGUGGUCGACAAGCUCAAGGGGACAGCUGGAGAGAAGCUACUGAGGGUUGAUCCCGAGGCGAGAAUCGUUGUGAACUUCCAUGGGAACGCAGGCCACCUGGGACAAGGCUGGCGUCCAUCAACCUAUCGCUCAAUCUCUGGCAUUCCCCACACCCAUUUGCUCACUUGCGACUACCGCGGCUUCGGAUUGUCCACACUCAACAACAAACCCCAUCUCCCUACAGAAACCGGUCUUAUCACGGACGCCGUAUCUCUGCUUUCCUACAUUGAAACCGACCUCAACCACCCAUCAACCCGCACCGUCCUGCUCGGCCAGAGUCUAGGGACAGCUGUAACUGCCGCCUCAGCCCUCUACUUCGCUAACCCAUCAUCCCCCGACCUCCCCUCUGACCUAGUCCAUGUAUCUCCUAUCCCAAAAUCCCACGCCGGAUUCGCCGGCAUCGUCCUCGUAGCCCCCUUCCGAGACCUCGCGACCCUCCUCGAAACCUACAAAAUUGGUGGCUUCGUUCCAAUACUCCGCCCCUUACGCGGGUAUACCCGGAUCGCCAAUUUCCUCCUCUCGCGCAUCGUAGACCACUGGCCCACACUUCCACGCUUGCGCUCCCUCGUAACUCUCACUGCCGCUUUAAAAACGCCCAUCAGGCUCACCCUGCUCCACGCUCGCAACGAUCAGGACAUUGACUUCCGCCAGUCCGAAGCUUUAUUCCAACCUCUUCAAUCUACGAUGCUGGGAGAGGAGGGCGUGAGCGCGAGGGAGGAGCGAAGGAGUAUCCAUGGUGGGGAUAGGGUGAAGAGGGGCGCAUUUGCGUUUAAAAGAGUCGAGGAUGCGAGGGGCGAGAGAGUGUGUGAAUUGGAGAUUGUGAGGUUUGGGGGGCAUAAUGAGGUUGUGGGGUGGACGCAGGUUAGUCUUGCGGUUAGGAGGGCGUUUGAGGCUGUUGAGGCGAGGACGGAAAGGGGUGUGGGGUUGGAUGUUGAGUAG